AUUUGUGGAAUGUCAUUGUUAAACGAGAAUGUGGUUCAACUGCCCAAUCAUGGUUCUAUUAGUUACUGCGACCAUGACCACCAUCCAAAUCCAAAAUAAAACAUGUGAUCAAUGAAUCACGUGUUGAAUUGAAUUGAACCUACUAAAAGCAGCAUCAACCAUACAAUUUGUAUUGAAUGAAUAUAAACAAUCAUUUUGAAGUUGAUCCGAAGCAGUAGAGGAAAUAAUAAUAAUAAUAAUAACCAUGGCUGACAAUUCCAGUUCAAGACAAGGAGAAUUAGGCAGCACCCUUUUUUCUCCUUACAACGUUGGAAACUUCAACCUCUCUCAUAGAAUAGUGUUAGCGCCGAUGACGAGAUGCAGAGCGUUGAAGGGAAUUCCAAACGCAGCGGUUGGUGAAUACUACGGUCAAAGAUCAACUCCGGGUGGUUUGCUGAUCAGCGAAGGAACCUCCAUUUCUCCCACUGCUGCUGGGUUUCCCCAUGUACCUGGAAUAUAUUCAGAGGAACAAGUUGAGGCAUGGAAAAAUGUAGUGAAUGCUGUGCAUGCCAAAGGCAGCAUUAUCUUUUGUCAACUAUGGCAUGUUGGCCGUGCAUCACAUUCUCUGCUUCAGCCAGGUGGGGUUGCGCCGAUUUCGUCCACGUCCAAACCUCUUUCAAAGAGAUGGAGAGUUCUCUUGCCAGAUGGAUCCUAUGCUGUCUACCCGGAGCCUCGACCACUUACCACUUCUGAGAUACAACAAAUAGUCCAACAUUAUCGCCACUCUGCUAUUAAUGCAAUUCGAGCAGGUUUUGAUGGAAUUGAAAUUCACGGAGCACACGGGUAUUUGAUUGAUCAAUUCUUGAAGGACGGGAUCAACGAUCGAACAGAUGAAUAUGGUGGAUCAGUUGAAAAUCGAUGCAGGUUCUUAAUUCAAGUGGUUCGAACAGUUGUUUCUGCUAUCGGAGCAGAAAGAGUUGGUGUGAGAAUUUCACCAGCAAUUGAUCACCUUGAUGCUACUGAUUCCAACCCACUUGGAUUAGGCUUAGCAGUGAUUGAGAGACUAAACAAUAUCCAGAAAGAGUUUGGUAAAAAACUCAGCUAUCUUCAUGUAACUCAACCACGAUAUAUAGCUUAUAGAAAAACUAAGUCUGGCAGAGAAGAAGAAGAAGCUCAUUUGAUUAGGAACUUGAGAAAAGCUUAUGAGGGAACAUUCAUGUGCAGUGGUGGAUUCACUAGGAAGUUAGGAAUAGAAGCUGUAGCUCAAGGUGAUGCUGAUUUGGUAUCGUUUGGUCGUCUUUUUAUCUCUAAUCCUGAUUUGGUCUUAAGGUUUAAGCUUAAUGCACCUUUAAACAAGUAUAACAGGAAGACAUUUUACACUUAUGAUCCUGUUAUAGGCUACACAGAUUAUCCUUUCCUCAACAAAGGAAAUGGGACUAAACAGAUAGUUGCACGCCUUUGAUUGUUGUUUUUGUUUCUCAUUUUUAAUUUUAAUUUUGUUGUUAUAUGUACAAUUGGAGUCUCCAAAUCUAAAGUGAACGCUUCUGUUAUGAAAGCUUACCUAAUAUAGAUAAUACUAUCACAACCCUGUUAUAAUUUUGAA